ACCAAAACACAAGAACAAGAAAUCAGUUGAUAGUACGCGAUCCGUGGAACGACAUCAUCCGAAAAUUAGAGCGCGAAAAGUGUUGGUUCGCCUGGUAAAAAUACGCAGAGAUUUUUUUCGUUCCGGUUCUGGUCCGAAUAAAACGCUUACUCUGACGGCGCUUUCUGUUCCUCGAUUUUCUGAUUAAAGUGGAAUUAUUUUCUAUUUGUAACGAGAAUAUGCCGCCUGUUAGAUGGAAGAUAUGUUUAUGUAUUACAGGUGUAUUGAUUCUCGUCGCGUCGACUGUAGAAGCACAACAGAUGCAGGAUCCAAUUUCGAUGUCUUCAGAUGGUUGGCGACCAAUCGUCGGUACAAGACGACAAUCGAUCAACGGGGAUCAUCCAGUGUCUCACUAUCCAGUUGUGCAAUCCGAGCUCAUUGACAUCGAAGCCACAACUCUUCCAGUUACUAAGAUCCAAAAGGCGCCAGUUAAAAAUGUAGCUUAUAGCAAAGGCUCUAAAGGUAAUAAAAUUAAACCUAUUUCUAAAACUACUGGCUCUUACGUAACUGGACCAACUGGACCUCAGUACCCAUCCUCUCAGAACCAACAAAUUAAAAAACCAGGAGUAAAAAAGGUAUCUCUAUUACAGUCCAAGCCCAGAAAACCGGUAAGAGGACAAGCAAUGGCUCACAGUACGAGAAACGAAGUGUUUAUUCGACCUCCUAGUCAAAAUCAAGGAGUGUAUUCGUUUGGUAAACCAAUACCAACAAGUAACCUCAACACCAGAGAGGUCCAAGGAAUUGGUCUACUAGGUGGAAAUCAGUUUAGUCUAAAUCAGCCUAAUGCACCUAUCGAAUUUGCUAAUCAGUACCCAUUGCCUGGCGGUACAUUUUUUCAAAGACCCGCAUUUCUCUUCACCAAACCCGUUCAGAACGACGAAUUCACCAGGAACUUAGCACCACCACCAAGAUCUCAGCAAAGUACAAAAGCUAAUACACAGUAUUCAGUAUAUGCUUUUAAGGAAGGAGGUCCUAUAACAGACGCAAGUUCUAAUUUUCCACAAUUUGGAGUUAAAGCAAAUCAAUAUACACCUCAGGUAGCUCCAAUAUUUGACUACACCAAUCAACAACAACAACAGCAACAACCCCAAAGACAAAGUCAGAAACAGAAAGGGCAAGCUGCGGAUGUUCAAGUUACCAAAGAGAAUCUUAAACAAUUUACUCAAAACGGGCCUAGUUCAUUUGGCCUAAUUCCUGGAAGGAAUAAUUUUCCCAUUCAAUUUGUGGAUUAUGAUUUUCAUUCUGUCAAGUCCAAGCCCACCAAUUUACCCAGUACUUUAACCUAUGAGGUUACUGAAGGAAAAUGGCUCGAUACUUCAUCUCAGCAAUACCAAUUCAGACCUAUAAACACUUUUAUACAACGGCCAAAAGUCUCACAACAAAUCAACGCCAGACCUGGACUCCUAUUCCAAGCUGAACCUCCACCAACUAGACCUCCAGUAUUUCCAUCGCCAUUGGUGGACAUUAGCGUUCCACCUUUCCUACCUACACCUCACAGACCGGAUAAUAUAGCACCAACAUCACCAACCCAUAGUGAAGCCUCUACAGUUUUUAAUAAAGUUACAGAUAAAAUGAAUAGAUAUAGAAAUGGAGCCUUAAAUAACAAUCCAUUAUUGUUCGACAUUAAGGAAGUUAGCACUCAUUAUCCAGUAGUGGGUAUUCCGGAUGUUCCCUCAGAAGGCAACACCGAAACACCUUUACCGAUAAACGAGAAUGGAGAAAUUUCUAAUGAAAUAACAACACAAAAAGAAUUAGAACUCCUCCACACAAGAAGACCUAUUAAAGAUUCUACCCGAGCUACCGUAUCAAGAGAUCCAACUAAAACAAGAAUAUCCAACAGACGGCCUAGGCCACGAAGACCAACAACCACAACUACCGAAGAAACCGUGGUAGAUGUUUACGAACCUCUUAAAGAAGCCGUUGAAGAAAUACCAAAAGAAACAGAAAAGCCCAGAAGAAGAAGACCAAGACCACCAAAUUACAGACAAAAAUCUGAAAAUGAGGAGCAGGUUCAAAACAAGCCUGAAGAACAAAGUUCCAGUCCACAAAGAGGAAAAUAUCGAUUCAGAACUAGAGAACGUCCAUCCAACGAUGACAGCAAUACUAGCACUUCUCAGAGAAAACGCUUUAGACCUUCGUUUUCGGAAAACAUCAUUAGAGAACAAAUAAAACCAUCUCAAGACGAAUCAAGCGAAUCAUCUAUAGAACACCAACAAAAUUCAUACGAAAAUUAUCCUACCGUUAACACGGCAAAUUCAUAUGAGCCAUCUCGUUCGCAGGAAACGACAAAUGACGAUACAAAUACUCAGACCGAAGUUCACAACAGUCCGUUUAUAGAAGAAAUUCAUCCUGUAACGAAUAACAAGCCUAGAGUGUCUAUAACGUCAUCUCAUAAUCAUGAAAGCAAUCCCAUACCACCCGCUCCGGAAAAUGAAGUUGACUAUACAACACAAACCUCUGUCGAACAAGAGGAACCAAGAGAGGAAACUACUGCAAUUACUACUACACCACAGACAACUACAACAACCACUGAAACAACUACUUCUAAAACACACCGGAUUCGAGUUAGACCAAAUAAAUUUGACGCAUCGAAUAGACCAAGAUUCAGCGUUAAAGAAUUCAGAGAGAAAUUCAAUCAGCACACAUCAACAACUCCGUCUAGUACAACAGAAAGUCGUCAUAAAAGCAGUACCACUGAUAACUUAAGAUUAAGAUUUCCUAAUCGAAGAACCCGACCAGGACCAAGUGCCACUACUGCUAUAAGUAGAAUAGAUGAAGACUCUACCGAAGAUACUUUAACUACUACUAAUACUCCUAGACAACGAUUUAAACCAAACCAGCCCAGAUUUCACCUCACCACCGAAGCUGACAACGUUAUAACCGAAAACAGUGUUAAAUCAGUUAACACAAGACUACGACCGUUUGGUAGGAUAAAAUCCACGACAGAAGCAACCACUGCCGGAACUAAAGUAUCCAUUCGACCCAAUCUUUUCUCAUCUAGACGAAGAAGCGGAUACCCUAGCUUGAAAAAUCGACUCGAUACUAAAGUGAAGAAAAACGAAGUGAAAGAUGAUGAGGAAGAACAUCCCCAAAAUAAUUCUGACCAAGAUGAUGAAGGGGAAGUCCAGAAGGGUGCUGAAUCGGGACCUAGUGAAGUAUCUACCGGUUCAACCGAGUUUACCUUUUAUCAGGUGACAAGUGAAGAGACUUCUACCGAAGCUACUGAAGCUUCGACGACAGAAGAUCUUAAAGUGGACGAUAUGAUACAGUCUCAAAGAGUUUCCGAUCUCACUUCGUCGUUUAAAGAUUACGAUAAACCUGGUGCGUUUAACAGUGUAGGAUCGACAAGUAGGAGUAUCCCAAACCAUUUCACACUAUCGACAGAUGAUCCAAUAUUGCCCAUUGAAGCUUUCUUCCCCAAUUUGAAAGAUAAAUCAAAAGAACGGUGAGGGCUCAGUAAUAUAUCGGAAAAAGUAAAAUGGUAUAUUUUAUAUGCAUUACUUGCUUAAAAGGUUAAAUGAUAACAAACCACAUAAAACAUUGACAUAAUGACAUUGGGAGUACAAGAGUAUAAUAUGUAAAUUAAGCUGCUGUGGCAAAUACCAUAUGAUGAAACAUAAUCUUCACAGAAGGGCGUAGACAUAACAUUUUAGUUCGAGCGUUCGAGUUAUAGUAAAUAUUUUUCUCGCUGUAGUUCUUGACACUGACAACUGCAACAAAUCCUGGUUAAGAAUUAGAACUAUAUUAUAAAAAUUAUAUUAUAUUUUUCAAACUGUAGUUUUAAUGCUUAACAAGGACUUCAAAUAACUCAAAAUCAGCUGUCACUUCGCCGUCAAGAACUUCAAUCAGAAAUACAGUACAGUUCAAACCGAAUUGCUAUUUCUACUAUGCCUACUAUGACCUCGUUAUUGACUCAAAUGUUACUUUUAAACAAUACUCAAUCUGAUAUUUUAUUUAAAUGUACCGUAUGAUCUAAAAAAAAACGGCGUCAGCGAUGGCUGUGAAAUGAAGAUCGCUGUCAUUUUACAUAUAAAAUUAUAUGGAGAAUGUCAUCGAUCAUCAUAUCAAAGCCAACUGGACGCCAUUUUUUUUCGAUCAUAAGGUAUAUUGUAUAUCAAAAUUUCUGCUGAUUUAGAAUUUCAAGUUGUAAGCGGAUAUGUAGAAUAAUAUGUAUUUAAAGUAUAUUAAGCUAAAUUAGGAUUUUAUAGACUUAGAUUAAGUAAAUUUCGAUAUUGGUACCAAAUAUUUAAUGUGCAAUUUUUGUAUAAAGACAUAUAAAUUAUUUAUUUUUAGUUGAAUAGUAUGUUAGGCUAAACCAAAUUUUGUAAUAUUCUGUAAUAUAUCUCCUAAACAUUUAGUAUUUUCUCUUAUACUAAUCAAUCAGUAGCAGAAUAAACAGAUUUAAUUUGGCCAAGUUUUUAAUUAAAAAUCAGAGACAUAGAGGUAGGGAGAAUGAGCAUGAACUGUGCAGUGAACAACUUAUUAUGUAUAAAAUAUAAAUAACAGAAAUCAGAAGAAUGCAAAAGCCGUUUAUAUCAAUCUAUAAGUUCAAAAUAAAAACACAAAAUAUUUGAACACAUCCAAACUAAUCUUGAAAAUCCUAGAAAUCGGAAUAUACCCCAGUCAAAAUAAACCAAAAAAAAUGGGGUUAAAUCACAAUAAUUCGCAUAGAGUUGAAAAUUGGUACAGGUCUUAAAUACACUAUUAUAAAUGAUAUCUGAAAAGUCCCCACCGCUGCCACGUCUGCUAAAGAAAUUAUUUAAGGUUAAAGGUUAAAUAUGUUUUUUGUUUUUUUCUCCUAAACGGUAAGCGCUGUCGCAAAAGUACCUUAAACAAAUGUUGUAGACCAUUAAAUUUUCUACAAUAAUGGUUCUUAUACUUUUUUCUUACGAACCACCAUUCCUGACAUAUGACGAUUUCAAAAGUUGAAAAACACGUAUUUUUCAUAAUAUGUACACAUUCAGUUUAAUUUAAUUCUAAUUUAUUAUUAAUUCCGCACCACCUGUGAGGUAGUGUACUUGCCGCAUUUUUUUAACGUGUUUCCCCUGUAGGCGUAGUCCACGAUCUAUUGUGGUUAAGUUUUAUUACACAUUAUACUAUUAAUUUUAAAAAACAGUGCUCUUGGUAAUGAUUAUAGUCGAACGGAUUAUUGUUGAUUUUGGGAGAAUUUUAAUCUGAGUGGUAAUCUUCAAAUAAUACUUAUAAUAAUAAAAUGAUACAACUUUCUUGUCUUCCUCCAACAUCUGCAUCUGCCUGUCAACACUAAAAUCGUGUAUACUAUCAAGUUCAAUUGUGGCUAGGCAAUCAACUGAACCCAGAAAACUGGGGUUGGAAAUUUAUAGAUAAUACUUUGGAGCUGAUUAAAACUUUACUUCCACCUGCUCCAGAAAAACUACUACACAACACAAUUUUUUGCAAUUGCAAAAAGGGUUGUAGCGCAAAUUGUGGUUGUAAAAGAGUCGGAUUGUUUUGUACACCAAUAUGUACUAAUUGUCAAGGUCAGUCUUGCUCCAAUAUUGACUUAAAUACAGAUGAGGAUUUUGAUGAGGAGACAACUGAUGCAUCUGUUAUAGAUGGAUUUCCAGAUAUUCCGCAAGAAGAUGAGAAAGAAAAAAGCGAAGAAGACAUUACUGUUGAAGUAUCAUUUGAAGAUUACCACUCAAAUUAAAAUUCUCUCAAAAUCAACAAUAAUUCGUUCGGCUA